AUGGUGCUAAGGCGGCCGUCACGGGUCACAGGCGCGUCUGUGGCUCGCUUACUGAGCCUCAGCGGCCUCGCGCCUCCGCCACUCGGCGAUCUCGUCCCGUAUGUGUCGGUGGCACCGCAGGACAGCGUCUCUGUGGCCCUUGAUGUGCAGGGUUCGCCUGACCCGCACGAUGCUGACGCCGUGGCUCCGCCGCAGGUCCUCCAGCUGGCGGUCACUGGGUCCUGUGAGGCGGGAGAUGAAUCUCUGAGCCACGGUGAGGCUGCGGUAGGCGAGGGAAGCUGUGGCGGGGGCGGCAGGGACGGUCACGGGUGAAUGGACUUCGCCCCGAGAGGCUUCUCCGUGCAGGGGUGCCUCCUCUUCUGCGGCACCGACAUCAGAGGCCUCCUCCCCUCUUGUGGCACCGACAUCAGAGGCUUUUUCCUCCUCUGCGGCAGGAACAUCAGUGGCUUUUUCCUCCUCUGCGGCAGGAACAUCAGUGGCUUUUUCCUCCUCU